AAAUGGAUGAAGAAAUACAAGCUGAUAUACCGGAACCUCUUGAAGAGGAAACACAAAUUAAAAUUAGACCCUUGGAACGUAUUAAACUCAACCCAAAAGCACCCAUUGAGGCUUCAGCAUAUGGCAAGGGAAAGAAUUUCAGUAGACCUUGGAUACUUCAAGACGGUCGGGGCAUACCCGGGCAAGGCAGUGAAAUGCGGGAUAGUUUUAAAUUCCCUAAAAAACCCAAACAGUCUGAAGGUAUUCGAAAACGUAUGCUAACUGACUUUUUUUGGGAGCAAAUGUUGGACGAAGUUAUUGAGGAAUUAGCAACAUCACAACCUGCUGAAGAAUACUGUUCAGAAUAUGACGCUAACUUUGUAAAAGAUGAGUUCCAACCGCGCAACUUGGCAGUUACAGCAGAUAAAAAUAUGCACCUUAAAUAUCCAUUAUAUGGAACAGGUUCAAGUGCCGUAACUUAUUAUAGCGAGACAAUAAAAAAGACGGGGCCUGGUGAAAUAUUGGAAAAGUUUAGAAGAUGUCAAUAUUUUACGAAACCAAUGGAAGAGAGACUAGAUAACGGAUGGGUUUUAUAACAAUUUUGAAAUCUCGUAAUUUUCUUUAAUUAAUAAAACACUAUUGAAACUU